GCCCGCCGCGCGCUCCGCCCCCGGGCUAUAUAAGGCUGCCCCGCGGGGGUCGUGCCACCGCUGGGCUCCGUGUCCCUCCGCGCAGGCGGGCGGUCCCGGAGAGCUAGUGCCUGCCUAGGCGGCGACGGCGGCGCCCCCCUCAACAUGAAUAGAAGCUUCUCCCGAAAGAGCCACGCGUUCCUGCCCAAGAUCUUCUUCCGCAAAAUGUCAUCCUCAGGGGCCAAGGACAAGCCUGAGCUGCAGUUUCCUUUCCUGCAGGAUGAGGAGACGGUGGCCACACUGCAAGAGUGCAAGACGCUCUUCAUCCUGCGAGGCCUGCCGGGGAGUGGCAAGUCCACGCUGGCGCGGGUCAUUGUGGACAGGUACCGCGACGGCACCAAGAUGGUGUCUGCCGACGCGUACAAGAUUAACCCCGGCAUUCGAGGAGACUUCUCUGAGGAGUACAAGCGGCUGGACGAGGACCUGGCGGCCUACUGCCGCCGGGACAUCCGCGUCCUGGUGCUGGACGACACCAACCACGAGCGGGAGCGGCUGGAGCAGCUCUUUGACAUGGCCGACCAGUACCAGUACCAGGUGGUGCUGGUGGAGCCCAAGACGGCGUGGCGGCUGGACUGUGCCCAGCUCAAGGAGAAGAAUCAGUGGCAGCUGUCGGCCGACGAGCUGAAGAAGCUGAAGCCGGGGCUGGAGAAGGACUUCCUGCCGCUCUACUUCGGCUGGUUCCUGACCAAGAAGAGUUCCGAGAGCCUCCGCAAAGCCAGCCAGGCCUUCCUGGAGGAGCUGGGGAACCACAAGGCCUUCAGGAAGGAGCUGCGACACUUUGUCUCUGGGGAUGAGCCCAGGGAGAAGAUUGAACUGGUCACCUACUUUGGGAAGAGACCCCCAGGCGUGCUGCACUGCACAACCAAGUUCUGUGACUACGGGAAGGCUGCUGGGGCAGAAGAGUAUGCCCAGCAGGAUGUGGUGAAGAAAUCCUACGGCAAGGCCUUCACGCUGACUGUCACUGCCCUCUUCGUGACGCCCAAGACUGCCGGAGCCCGGGUGGAGCUGAGCGAGCAGGAGCUGCCGCUGUGGCCAAAUGACGUGGACAAGCUGUCCCCCUCUGACAGCCUGCCCCGGGGCAGCCGUGCUCACAUCACCCUCGGCUGCGCGGGGGACGUGGAGGCCGUGCAGACGGGCAUUGACCUCCUGGAGAUUGUGCGGCAGGAGAAGGGGGGCAGCCGAGGCGAGGAGGUGGGUGAGCUACACCGGGGCAAACUCUACUCCUUGGGCAGCGGGCGUUGGCUGCUGAGCCUGGCCAAGAAGAUGGAGGUCAGGGCCAUCUUCACGGGGUACUACGGGAAGGGCAAACCUGUGCCCACGCACGGCAGCCGCAAGGGGGGUGCCUUCCAGUCCUGCACCGUCCUCUGAGUGUCCUUGCUGUGGUCAGCCCCUUGCUCCUUACAGGGAGAGCGGGGAGAGGGAAGCAUGCCUUCUGCUUCAUCUUUAAGAUUUUUUUUUUUUUUUUUUUUUUUUUUUUACUCAAAGUUAA